CCAUUGUUUCCCAUGCUCUUCAACCUCUUCAGAGAAACCAACGGAGACAUAGGACAGUCAAACAUGAGUUCCUCAGCCGGCGCAUCUUCAUACCGACGUUCCUUCAAGGAGACUAAUUAUGGCACCCCCCUUCUCUCCCGCCUGUCUCUAUCCGGGGGGCGCUAUCCGACCUCUGCCUCUCCCGUAUCGUCCCGCCCGGGGGGCCACCGACCACGCUCCAGCACCCCCGCACCUCGGCUUGUCUACGACAAGGUGGAUUUCUCGUUGGCCGACGCGGUCAACCAGGAGAUACUGGCGGCGCGUACCAACGAGAAGACGGAGCUUCGGGAGCUGAACGACCGCUUCGCUGGCUUCAUCGAGAAGGUGCGCUACCUGGAGCAGCAGAACGCUGGGCUGCGGGCCGAGCUGGGCAGACAGCAGAGCCGCCAGGAGCCUGGCCAGGCCUGUGAGUUGUACCAGCGAGAGCUUCGCGAGCUCCGGCUCCAGCUGGACCUCGUGGCCAAGGAGAGGGAUGGCAUCCAGGUGGAGCAAGACAACCUGGCGGAGGACCUGACGCUGCUCCAGCAGAGGCUAGAGGAAGAGGUACAUAAGAGAAAAGAAGCAGAGAGUAACUUAGCUCUCUUUCGAAAGGAUGUGGAUGAUGCCACACUGACUCGCCUAGGGCUGGAGAGGAAAAUCGAGUCUUUGAUGGAUGAGAUCGAGUUCUUACAGAAAGUCCACGAGGAGGAGAUCCAUGACUUGAGGAUGAGCAUGAAGACCCAGCAGCAGCAGACGGAGGUAGACACCACCCCCAGGCCUGACCUGACCGCAGCUCUGAGGGACAUCCGGGCCCAAUAUGAGAGCAUCACCUGCAAGAAUAUCCAAGAGGCUGAGGAAUGGUACAAGUCCAAAAUUGCAGACCUGACUGAAUCCACAGCCCGCAACAUGGAGGCAAUGCGCCAGGCAAAGCACGACGCUAAUGAGUCCCGAAGGCAGAUGCAGUCGCUGACCUCAGAAAUGGAUGCCCUGAGGAGCACGAAUGAGACUCUGCUGAGGCAGAUGAGGGAGACGGAGGAGAAGUUCGCCGAGGAGACGAGCGGGUACCAGGAUACCGCGGCGCGCUUGGAAGAGGAGAUCCAGCGACUGAAGACCGAGAUGUCACGCCACCUCCGCGAGUACCAGGAUCUCCUCAAUGUCAAGAUGGCACUAGACAUCGAGAUCGCCACCUACCGCAAGCUCCUAGAGGGCGAGGAGAACCGAAUAACAGCUCCUGUUCACAACUUCUCCUCUCUUAGCCUACGAAGCACAGAGUUUGACCGGACCCUGGACACACAGACCAAGAGGAUGCUGCUGAUCAAAACCAUAGAGACACAUGACGGAGAGGUGGUCAGUGAGUCCAGGAAGGACAGAGAAUUUGACAGAGAUGUUUAGAGAAGUGCCAGCGUACUUCAGUGCCAACGUCACAAAAGAGGAAGUAGCCAGCCGGGACAAGGAAAAAGAAAACACGACGAGGCCAUACCUCCUUGUCGAAUUUUCAACAUCUGGAAAAUCAGCCUUGCAACAUACUUAACCAAAAGUUGGGGUGGGUGCUAUAAACACCAGAAAGAAAAGAAAGAGGAGCGUUUUCUCCCUGACUGUUAUACUGGGAGAAAAAAAUAGCCUUCCCAAGUCUACCGGCAGUCAGUUUUGUGUUGUUCCUAUAGUAACCUCAUUGCAUUUUGAUAUUUGCAUCUAAGUCAGUAGCACGCCCUCACUUAGAUUAAUUUUUUUUUUGUCAUAGCUUAAAAAUAUUCUUUAAUCUCCACCAAUAGUGUUUUUAUGCCUUAAGCAACAUCUGUGCAUCAAUGGAGUUCAUAAAUCAGGUGUUUCGCCAGAGAAAAUUAAAGUAUAAUAGUUAAAUCAAAAAGUGUU